CUUAUGUGCGGCUUAUGUGAGGCGUCAUCAGCAGGCGCCUGUGUUUACUUCAGGUCCAGUUAGUCCGCUGCCCGCUGCGAUGGAAGUAAACAGGGACGAGGCGGAGCGCUGCAUUGACAUUGCAACUUCGGCGUUAACCAACAACCAGCCGGAGAAGGCGCAGAGGUUCCUGGAGAAGGCGCAGAGACUCUUCCCAACAGAGAAAGCGAAAGUACUACUGGAGCUAAUAGCAAAGAAUGGAUUUGCAUCUAGAGAAGGGGGCCACUCAGACUUCACUGGGGUCUCGGGGCCUCGACAGCGGCAGACCAACACAGCAGAUACCAGGCCGGAAGAAAAGCCUUCAGACACCUCGAAAUCCUACACGGCAGACCAGCUAGAUGCCGUAAAGAGGAUAAAGCAAUGUAAAGACUUCUAUGAAAUUCUUGGGGUCCAGGCAGACGCCUCUGAGGAAGAACUCAAAAGAUCAUAUAGAAAACUUGCUUUGAAAUUUCAUCCAGACAAGAAUCAUGCUCCAGGUGCUACAGAAGCCUUUAAAGCUAUUGGGAAUGCGUAUGCUGUUCUGAGUAAUGCUAACAAAAGACAACAGUAUGAUCAGUGUGGAGAAGAGAGGAGGCAUCCUUCAACACACAGCCCAGACAGCGGGAACUUCGAGCCAGAUAUUUCCCCUGAAGACCUCUUUAACAUGUUCUUUGGAGGGGGUUACCCAUCAAGUAAUGCUAAUGUGUACACUAAUGGGCGGAUGCGUUACCAAAGGCGAGAGAGAAGGGAGCGACAGCGGGAUGGAGGCUUUGCUCUCUUCGUGCAGGUCAUGCCCAUCCUCAUCCUGGUUAUUGUGUCGGCCCUCAGUCAGAUCAUGGUCAACAGCCCCCCCUACAGCCUCAGCUUCAGGUCGUCAGCAGGUUACACACAGAGGAGGCUGACGGAGAACCUGAAGGUGCCAUAUUAUGUAGGGGAGCAGUUCUCCAGGGAGUUUACAGGACUAGAUUUGAAGAAUUUGGAGCGGACGGUGGAGGAUGAUUAUAUUUCAAACCUUCGCAACAAUUGCUGGAAGGAAAAACAACAGAAGGAAGGCAUGCUUUACAGAGCUCGCUAUUUCGGAGACAAUGAUCUGUACCAAAGAGCACAGAGGGCUCGCACACCAAGCUGCGCCAAGCUGUCCGAGAUCACAGCUUUAUUACACGGUUGAUGCUGCUUUCAUAAUUAAAAGCAAGGUUUCCAGAAUAAACACAAAAGAUUAUUGGCUGUAAAUAGAUGAGCUUUAGCAAUCUGGAGACUGAAGAUGACUCAACAAGCAAACAAACCGGCACCAGUGCACCAAUCAGCAUCACGUUGGCCACACAAACUGGCUGCAGCCCUUCUUGUGGAAUUUAGUAUGUGAAUUUAAAAUACAAUAUUAAUAUAAUGUUUUGAAAUGAAAAAAACAAACACUCAAAUUAGUUUGUUCUUCUGACAAGACAGGGAUUUGGAAAAACCUCCAAGCCCCAGUUCUGAAUGGGAUCCAUGAAGCUGGCAGUGGUCAUUUCGUGUUUUAUUGUGAGAAUGCAGUGUGAAAUCAGAAUGUAGUGAGAUUAGAUAUAGUCGUACGGAUGUUAUUUAUGUAGCAGUUCCUUAGAUACCACAUCAUAUUCUUCCUCUUUCAUUUAACACAGACAAAUCAGCAGAGAAGACGAGCUGAUUUGAGUUCAAAUGCACAUUCAGAAACUAUGCAGUAAUAAUGGGAAUGAAUAUAGGCUACUGUCAUGUCUAGGGUUUGUCAGACACUUGAACACCUGAGUUUUCUCUUCUGUGUGUGUAUGUGUGUGAACAGUUAGGAUAUGUCCUUUGCCUCUUUUAAUUGUAUUAAGGUUAGAAUGAUUUGCACUUCACAAUGAAAGCCAAGAUAAUGAGAUAUGUGCCUACCCAGAAAGUGGGACGUUCUUGUUUUUGGGCAUAAUGUCUCUGAUGAAUAUGAUCUGUUAGAAAAAGCAAUAUUUGUCAUGUUUUAGUAUGCUGUUUAUGUUUUGUAUUAUUUAUUUAAAAAUGGAUGAUAAGUACAAGGACAAUGCAGUUCUUGCUCACCUUUUCCACCAUGUUCUUACUCCCAGAUGAAAAUAAAUAAGGAUGGUUAAAAGG